CUUUAAACGUUCACUUGUCUUGAUUAAUCGUUACUGGUGCGAAACUCUUACACCAGAGCUCUGGAGUGAUCCUUUUGAAAACUGUGAAACGGAUGAAGGAUACGAAUUAUUAAUUGAUACAUAUCUUAAAUGUUUACCUUCUAAUGUAUUGAAAAAUCUUGGACUUGUUACGACUUCAUCAUCUAUUGCAUUUGAUUAUCCAUCUUAUUUACGACACUUUGAUCCUAAUGUAAUAUUGUCAGGUGUUAAAGUUUGGGUCGAACAAACCAUUCGUCCAGAUAUUGAUUUGAUUGAGAAAGAACGAAGAAUAAUGGCGAUAUAUUGUGCACUUUUGGGAAAUUUUAUGAUGAAGUCAAAAGCAAUUCACAAAGUUACAUUGUAUGAAACACAAUUUGUGAAUUUCUUUAAUUUUUUUGGAGCAGAAACAUGCCUUUCAGCAAUUCGAACAUUUCAUUGCAAUGUUAGUGAUUCUGGAGCCCUGGAAUUGUCAAACAUUUUACAAUCAGCUUUGGCGGUUUCUAAGAAAGUUCAAAAAUUAAAAGUUUGCUUGAUAAAUAUUGACAUCGGCAUUGAUGCGGUAGUUAAAAAUAUGGCAUGUUUUAUUAAAAAUCAACAAAAUCUAAAAGCCGUGUCUGUUGAAAGUUUCGAAAGGGACUUUCGUAAACUUUGGAAAUCAAUUUCUUUACAUUUCAACACACUAAUUGAUGUUAGAUUAGUUUCUAUAAAAUUUAACGAACGUAGGCCCUUUCAACUUCAAGAAUUAGCGUUCAUUCCUAACUUAGAAGUUCUCAAAAUUUAUAAUUGUGAAAACUUGGAGUUUUCAUCAUAUUCGAAAAUUGAACCAAUAGCGUUUCAAAAGAUUCAUAGAUUUAAAGUUGAGAAUUGUCGAAAUUUUCCA